AUGGCACAACAGACGCUGAAACCCGGGUCGAGUCCGACGGGCGAACGUACCUGGAACACGGACAAGCUAGGCCUACGUCUUGGAUUCGACGCCAUCAGCGCAGCAUGUGCAGGUGCGCUGGUAGCGCCGGUGAUCUACAUCAUAGACAAGAGCAUCAUGGAAAACGCCUCCGGUCGACAGACGCUCGUCUCGUCGAUAAAAUCAUCCCUCCGACAGCUGGUCACGCACCCUCGGUCCACGCUCCUCUCCAAACCGACGGGGCUCAUCUUCCUCCUGUACGGGGGCACGUACCUGACUGCCAACGCGCUGGACACGGCCACGUCGACCCUCAAGUCGGAGAGGGCGUCGCACGUCACGUCCGGCACGGCCAAGUUCGCCGCCUCGAGCGCCGCCAACAUCGGCCUGUGCAUCUACAAGGACCAGGUCUUCGUGCGCAUGUUCGGCCCGCCAGGGGCCGUGCCGCGGCCCGUCCCCAGCAUCUCCUACGCCCUCUUCACCCUGCGCGACUGCCUCACCAUCUUCGCCAGCUUCAACCUCCCUCCGCUUCUCGGUCCGAUCCUUGACGAACGCCUGUCCGACCGGGUGAGGCGCCACGUCUCCGGCAUGUCGUGCGCGCAGUUUGCCGCCCCCGCCGCCGUCCAGGUCAUCUCCACGCCCCUGCAUCUCCUGGGCCUGGACAUGUACAACCGUCCUUCCGGGAGCGGCGCGCCCUCUUGGAGCGACAGGUGGGCUCAGGUAAAGGGGACGUGGGCCCCUAGCACUCUGGCCAGGAUGUGUCGCAUCAUUCCGGCCUUUGGUGUCGGUGGUGUGGUCAACCGGUCUGUGAGGGAGAAUCUGAUGCACAGGGUUGAGUAG